CGAGGCGACGAGACGCCGGCGUUCGUCAGAGCGGCGUCGCGACGUCAACGGUCGCGUCCGUCGUACAGUUUCACGUCGCCGCGUUACAUUAACCGGUUCCACCAGUCGUUCUAUGAUCUUUCACUCGAUCGUAUCUCGCGUUCAACGUUGGUGUUUACGUUACAGAGGGCUGCCCGGUUCUCCGCAAGUGUCGACCAGGCGUCGAGCCAAACAACGCGCUUCCUGCUGCUGCAUCCACUCACGCGGGAAAUCUUGGUCCGACGGCGUAACAGGUUCCUGCUGUCGCCAUUCAACUUCUGACAAGGGACGAGAAGGAUACUGGUGAAACAAAGAAUUUAUUCAGAUAGAGACGUCGAGUAAUCGUGGACCAUCAGUUUAGCUGUGCCCUCGAGAUGCGGUGAUGGCUUUGCUGUACAGAUUCGCGCAGCUGCCUGAUAGCAGCGGCACGCGGGUCUUCUCUUUCGUCGUCACCAGGAGUGUGGUACGAGACCCUGAAAGAGACGUCACCAGCAAGGAGCUCGUCUGCGGCUUCCAGCGAUGGUCCGUCGCAUUUUCACGUGGAAACAAGGUUCUAGGCGCGUAUCUCGUAUGGCGUGGGGCCUCGAGAAACCUACGGGUCUACGUGGACUUCACGUUCACCCUGCUGAAUCGGGAACAUUUCUCGAUGAACGAAGGUUUCUCCGGAAAACGAGUGAAAUUCACGUACGAGGCGCCUGCCCAGGGCAACCGGAACUACAUUCCGGUGUCGGACCUUUACAGCCGGAACUUCGCCGACACGAACGGCGAGUUUCAACUGGAAUUAUCAAUGGCGAACGUGAGGACCGUCUACAUGACCGACCUUAAGAUGUCCAGCAGCACAUUCCCAGCUGGACAAUCCAAAUCUAACAAGCUGGAAACCGAUUAUUUCGCGUUCGGUGGCUUUGACUGGAACCUAGUAAUUUAUCCUAAUGGAAACAAGGAGUUGGAAGGUUACCGUGGCCACGACAGUGGUAUCAGCGUCUAUUUGAUGAGGAUGAGCGGCUUCGAUCAUCGGUGCAGAGUGAGAUACAGCGUGGCCUUGGGAGAAGGAGAUCGUAGAAUCGAUUCGGGGCAGAUCGAGGAUCUGUCGGAUGCCGAACGAUGCGGGUUUGGCUGGCAUACGCGUGUCAGAUGGUCGGAAAUCGCGCACAAAGGUGUGGUACGGGUAUCCCUGGAGAUGGUGGAAGCUAGGACCAUCUGUGAAGUCGCCGUGCAAGCUCGAGGACCUUCGGUGCUACCAGCAACCCCUUGUUACGAUCGUGACAAACAAGCCUGGAUGAUUCGAGCUGAUUUGCAUUCGGAUACCGUCAGGCUACACCUGGUGUACAAGGAUAUUCACAACGUUCCGAGGAAUCAUUUGAGGUACGUCAGUUGGUCAGCCUAUCUACUUCGAGACGAGGAGCCCAGCACGGUGGCGAUCAGUUUACCAGGCGCACCUUUCAGCCGCUACUACGCCCAAGAAUCCGCAGACGAAGGUAUUAUCAUGGAGACGAAUCUUGACACGAACGAGGUGAAGGAAAAUCACUGUCCUUUCCUCACGGACAAAGGGCAAUUAAGGAUCCGGCUGGAAUGGAACGAGAGCCACUUGCUGUUCCAAGCAACCUACCACAAAUACGACGACGUGUGCCGCAUCCACAAUCAGCAGAUGAGACGGGAAAUCGCCUCGCUGCAAGCGGAGAACUACAGUUUGGAGAGGCAGCUGUUCAGUUACCAGAAGAGCCUGGCGUACACGCAAGCGCAGCAGCAACAACAGCAACAGCAUCAAAAUCAGCCGCAUCACGGUGGCCAUCAGGCUCACCUGGAGAGAUCCGCGUCCACAGACACCGAAUAUGCCUGACAAGUGGAACAACAGAUGCACCCGAACGAGCUGCCAGCCGCCAGUUGUCGGCGACAAUUGCCUAUCGUGCACGAGGACGAUCGUCGCGUUCACCAGAACCUGGUCCGGAUGAUGGAUCGACGGUUGAGCAACGUUCAGCUCCAGCAACGACUGUACGAAUCAGAGACGGUCUAUCAGCAACGAUACGGGGACGGCUCACCGCGUCAAAGUAUCGUCGAUCAGUCGUCGGAGCCGCCUCCUCAUCCUCCUCAUCAUCGUCAUCAUCAUCGUCUGAGUAUCGUGCAGCAACCCAAGUCGGCGCGAUCCAGCGUGGGCAGAUCGGACAGCGGGUCGGAUCGUGGAAACGAUCGUUACUCUGGCUACUAUUUGGGGUACGUCGGUCAGGCAGCGCACAAAAGACGUAGGACAACUUUCUGGGAGACCCUGACGGGUCUUGUGUGCUCAUUGGGCGCUUUGGCUUCCAGGGCUGCCAAGAUGGCCACCAGACGGGGAGAGCCACUUUGAAGAAGCUUAAACCCGUUCUCGCGGACCAGUGGACUGGUACGUUUUACGUUUGGGAUCACGAAACGGAUUACCAAGAUACGAAGCUACGAAUUGAUGAUUUAUCGUGACACGUUGCGAACGCGUCCCGGAAAGCAGAACGUGACACGGAUAAGAAAGAGGGAGAGAGGCAGAAAGAAAAUAUUAGGGGGAAGUAGAGAGCAAAGAUCAUCGAUGGACCAGAAGUACGACCAAGAACGUCACUCGUUUCGUAUAUUCGUCGUAUUUAAUCGCUGUAUCUCGAGGGAUCGCUUGUUUCGAGGAUGGAAGACUACCUAGCGGCAUCAAUGUUAAAUAGAGAAACGAAAAGAAAGAUGUAAUGUUUCAUGUUCCUGGUGGGCGCUAUACAAGCUCGUGACCAGAUUACCGAUCAACUCGACAAUAUAGCAGAUGGAUGAGGCGAGCAGCGAGAAGAAACGACGGCCGCAAGAGAAAGAUAACGUAGCGUACGGACUCGGAAGGUAUCGUUCGUACAAGGACAAGCGAUCGAUCAUUUUUCGUCCAUUUCUUUGUCGUUGGAGUCCGGUUUAAGGAAAAAGGCAAGAACGAAGAGGGCGAAUGUCUUGUUUGGUUUGACCUUCUCGACGAUAAGGCAGCUCCGGUCGAAGAAAUUUCGGCUGAAUGGAACCAACGCGACCUAUUCGGAGCUGUUCUUUCUCGAGAAUGAUGACAGAAGGAACCAGGAAGGUUGUUGACGUUAAAACAGCAAAUCGUUCCGAAUGCUGGUUAGAUUUCACAUACGUAUACAUACACGCAUACACUUGGUAGGAAUCAGAAAACCAAGAGAGGGAACCGAAAGAGAAAAGAGAAAGGGAAAGAGAACAAGGUCUCCCUCGAUCGUGAAUUCUAUUAUGCACGUAUAUGAAUACAAUUCUAUCUACUACUUUGUCAAUUUACUAAGGGAAAACAAGAAACAAAACAAAAAACCUAUUUUCCUCUAAAGACUUUUUUCACCUAUCGUCUACGACUUCUUUGAUAAUAAAGAAUCCGUGCGCGACGUAGUCGUCGAGUCGUAACAGCGUAACUUAUUAUUACUGUAGAAUACUUACACCUAAACGAAUGCAAACAAAAAAAAAUUUAAUAACAGUACUAAUGAAUAAUACCUUAGAGUGCAGUCGAUGUUACAUAAACCGAAAGUAGGGAUGAACGAAGGACUCGAUUUCUCGUUGCAGAGUAAUCGACGUGGUACACUAUAAACAUGCGUCUUUACACUUCUACACGAAUGUACACAUAUACGAAAAUACACCACAGGCAUUAACGUUCGUACUCGACCAUCGGCUUUUUUUCAAAAACUAAGAAGCCAAAAAAGACCAGGGUAAAAAAGAAACAAAAAACGAUGCGAACGAUUCGUGUGAAAUUUUUCACUGUCCCAUCGGGUGUAUACGUUCGAUUUAUUUAUUAUCGUGCGAAGAGUUUGUUGAUUUCUUUCGUUAAUUACCCAGUCCAAUAUAUGUAUGUGUGUCAAAUCUAUUUUUCUCAAAAUUUAGCAAUUGCGAGUCGCGCCAAUCGUCGUUUUAUCGAUAAAUCAAACUAUCUGGAAAUAUAAGUACGCGUUGUAGACAACACGAUCGAAGGUGCAGUUUGAACCAGAGAGAAAUUAACGAAGAUACCCGUACAGAGUGAAAGAAGCCAGAAACAACGUGACACGUGUAACAAUUACAGAUCGAAGAGGUAUCCAGUUUAUUGAAAAUGUCGAAAGUCCAUAUUCGUUUCUCCAGCCACUCUGGCAACGUUCUACUGUACCUUUGUACUAGUAUAGUGUCAUCGUACGUGCGAGGUCUUCGACGAUAUUGCACAUUUUAGCCCUUACGUCGCGCGCUUGUCACCUAAAUUCUUAUCGCGUUUUGCCGACUACUCAUCAUCGAUGUUUCGAUGUUACCCUUAAUCCGUACACAAUUUUCAAAUGGGACGCAUAAUCCAAAAGACAUAAGUUUAUUAUCUUCUAUUGUCCUUCGGGAUCUCUAAAAUUCUUCCGAAUAUCAUAUUCUUUUUAUCAUGGAAGUCGAUCUUCGAGAAACAUCAGUAUCCUCGUAAUCUCUGCGUCCCCUAUCCCCAAAGAGUUGCCAACUCCUUGUGCUUCGUCGCUCCUAAAUCCCAAAGCAGUUUGUCCCCGCUUCGAUUGUCCUUUAGGCAAGAACAGAUACUGGACAAAGCCCAGAUCCACAACAAACCCACAAACCAGACAGAUGUAGAUAUCCCUUCGUGCAAACUUUCCUCUAGCUACCAACAACUCCUACGCCAUUCUUCCCCGUUUCCUAAAGUAGCUCGCAGAUCAGUACCUUUCAUCUUCUCGCUCCAACUCACAGUAUGGUCCACCUAGAGACAAGAAAAUGUAAUUCUGUAUUACUAUAUCGGUUUACUUCGUACAAUAUUGAUUUUCUUCGCAGUAGUAGAAGCAGAAAUUCUACAUCCAAUUCGCCUGAAACCUGUUCUUUUUCGUCCUGUGUCUUGGUCCCGAUAUGACGUCCCAUUUGAAGACAUCGUAUCCUGUUCUUAUCUUCAUUCCCCGUGUAAUCGUAGCUGCAAAUAACGGUGUACAUCGAAACACAUGUACGUGGACGAUACGUGCACGUCGGUGUUCGCAUCAGGCUACAUCGGUACCGAGGACGAUCGAUACACCACCGUUAGUCCAUACACCACAUAUACGUUUAACAGACCACCAUGAAUCGUCGUGUACCGCGCACGUGUACCCGCAGGUGAUUCGGGCUCGCUUGUACACACGAAACUCGGGUCCCGCGAUGCCCGAUUAAAAGCAUGGACGCGAAAGCCGAUGCCAUUCCAUGGAAUCCUGGGAUAUCCUUAAUUUCCUCCGGUUAGCUUCGUUGCCUGCGAUCUUGAUUCCAGACCUCGAUACGUCUCCAAUUUCAUUUCGCCUUCGCUAUGCAGGUCCUUUUCACUUCUCGAAGUUAAUAGAUUUAGCUUGACCUUGGUGUUGCAAUUAAAGUAUUCGUGACCUCGAAGAAGUAAACUUCAGAGGAUUACAAUUUAAAUAGAUUUAUGGAAAUAAUAUAUCGACGAAGAAAAGUUGUAAUGUUCGGUCAUUUUGACGUUCCAAGUAUUUUUAUUCGAAACAAUCAUAGAGUUUAGUUAAAAUAAUGGCAAGAUUCGCGAAAUUCGAGUUGAUGCUUUUAACCGGAAGCGACGGUCGCACCGAUCGAGAAAAAAAUGCGUCGCAUGAAAGUUGUAUCCCUCCUCUGAAGUAGCGGAGUCUGUAUACUUUGUAUAUAACUGUACUAAACUGUUGAAAAACUUUAAGAAUGAAAAUUAAAGAAGAGAGCUGUGCCUACAUAUUAUGCGCGAUGCGGAGAAUGGUUUCAAAGCGAAUCGCACGAUCGAGAACCUUGUCGUUUCGUUUUAACGAUAAUUACAUUCUGCGAUUAGACUUUGACUCGACUGCUUCUGUUACAUUUUCGUGGAAACCGCUGAUAAUCUACAUGUAAUUCGUAUAAUUACGUAUAAUAUUGUAUAUGUAUAUAAUAAUUUGUAUAAUUCGCCCUAUUCCGUCUAUUUUAGUCGCAAUAAUAUCCAGUGCUGCUUUUUGAAAUAUUUGACGCAAUUCGUGUUACAAUUUCAGAUAAAGUAUCUACCAUGAAAUGUGCUCUAGUUUCCAGUAUAAUCGCCACUUGAAACGGACACUAAUGGCGGAAAAAUUACUUACCACGUGUUCUUACUAACGAUAUUGUAAUUUUCCUCGGUAGGUCGAGCUUAGAAACCGAUAAGGCGAGUAUUGAUGGGGCUAGCGACGAUAAAAACGAUAAAUAACUCGUUCCGUUAAUUGCGUUUCUGUUAUUUUUUUGCGUCUAUGAAUCAGGACUAUUACGGAGGAUUCUCCCUUUCGAGUCAGCGAAAAUUUAUUCGAUUCCCAGGAUAGAAUCGGGCUGAGAUCUCCGCGAAAUCCUAUUUCCAUUUUAAUAUGGCGCCCAUUUAAAUUCAUAUAACCGUCAAGAUUACGUUUGACCGUGUAUCUCCUUCUAAUCUCGCGAUAACAAAGAUCCAAAGUAUGAUCGAGUUAAUAAAAAAGAAUUAGGAAAAAACGUUGAAUUUGUCACGAUGAAAAGAAGAUAAAAGAGAAAGAGAGAAAUUAGAAAAAUAACGAAACGAUGAACGAGAGACACGAUCGUGCGAAUCCUCGAUGAUCCUACACCUACGGAGGUUGAGGAUCGUCGCAAUCUAAGUGUAACACGUUUCUGUAAACGUAACAGAGAAGAAAUAAUAGCGAAAGCGAUUCGUCGUGCAGCGCACGCGUUUUCCACCAGUAUCCUCGAUUCAAAGUUUUCUUAUCUAGUAUACAGUCGUGUGUACAGGACCACAGACGGGAAUCGUCGACGUCAAUGCGUCUCCGAAGCUUGUCAUAUCUCCCGCCUAACGGCCAACGAUCCUCGAACUUGGUUCUAGUCGACAUUAAUUAAAAACAAAGAAAAAGGAAAAAAUGAAACGAUCUUUUCGAAACGAUCGCGAUUCGUUCGAAAUAUCGGCGACCAGGCCAAGUUGAAGGAAUUUUUUAUCGGCGACAAAAGACCGAUCGUAUCUAAUGUCAUUGUAUUGUUGUGUAAUUUGUCAGAUUUUAUCGAUCGUAACGUUCGCGUCCGCACAAAUGCGAACACCUAAAGAAACAGAACCGUUUACAGGAAUCUCUCGUGUGUCCCUCCUUGCCAGUCUAAGCUCUCCUGUUUCACGGUUUUCAAUUUUCUAUCGAAACGCUUGCGACAGGCGUGACAGCAGCUCUGACAAUCGCACCUAAUCCGAUCGAACGAUUAAAUUCACGCGUCUGUCAGCGCGAUAAUCCCGCGAUCUCCGCUUUGGCACGUUCUAAUCGAUGCGAUGCCUGAUAAAUGUUGCACGACACCUGGGAGAAUUUAUUAAUGUCUGUAUAACAAAGAAUGCGUACACGUUUCAAGCUAUUCGAUAAUCGCAAUAGGUGUGACUACACCGAAAGAAGAGGAAUUCGAAUAACUUGAACGUGGAAUGUUCUAUCCAAUAUUCAGGAUACGUAGCGUAUUCGAUAUCUAGAUGUUUUUAAUAUCUAGAAUAGCGACAGCAGGAAUUUCAGCUACAAUUGGCAUUCAAUUUUCAGAGCUCUCGGCGACCUACGCCACUUUAUAGCAAUCUUUGUCCACACAUUUUCCAAAUAGUCUCAUUCGGUGUCUAAUUUUUCCUCCGCGAUAAUUCAGAUCCCUUAGUCACCUUGUAUGUUAUACGACUGUCUAGUUUAUUCCAGUUUCUUAUACUAUAUAGAAAAUUACACUGUGUACUGUGCGAGUAAGAUAAUACAACAUUUGAAUAAUGUAUAGAUUAAAUGAUAGUAUAAUUUGAAGACAAAUUAACGAAUAGCUUCGUUUUACCUCCCACGUGUCGUCGCAUUAGCGAGCUCCCGAACACGCUUCGAAGUCCUCGUGCCCGCAAUUCGGCUCGGCACUUCAGUCAAUUAAACUCACUCUCGCGAGAGUCGAAUGCGGGCCAGAGAAACGCAGAACACCAAGCGGAAUUACAUACGCAUAACUAUACACUACGAUAUAGUAGACACGCUCGGAAUUUAUCAUCGGCAUGUCGGCAUAUCAGUUGGGUCAAGGAGCCUCGUUUCUCUCUCUCUCUCUCUCUCUCUCUCUCUCUCUCCCUCCCCUCUCCUUUCAAUUUCCUUGAUUCCAUCUCUUAUUACUGUAUCUUCCAACCAUCUUAUUCGUUUUUUCUUAUCUCUUAUUAUCUGCGAGUUCUUCCUUCGGUUAAAGAGAGGUCGUUUCGCGUCUCUUAUGCUUUUGCGUCAGCGUGGAUCAAUUGACCCCUUUUAUAGAAAUCGAUACGUUUUACUGAGCGAUCCAUCGUUGAAAAACAAGUGGAGAGAUCGAUCAUGCGUUCUGAAAAGAUCAUUGUGGAUUAUUCAUGCAAAUUUUUUGAAACUUUUGAAAUUUUAUUUUAGAAUGAAAAUCACGGAAAUUGGGAAAUCUUAAGCGAUGGAACCCAAUAAAAGGAUGGUCCCAUAAGCUUUUGUUCGGGCUAUGUAAAUAUCGGACAUCAGCCUCUUAUCCGUUCGCUCUCCGAACCUGAGCCAAUAUUGCUCUUCCCCGCUCCAAUGUCGCAUAAUUAAUUUUUGUCCAUCGAUAUUCCGAGUCUGUAACUCUUUUCAACAGAGCCGAGGGUUGAGGGUAGGACGUUAAUAUCGUACCUGCUUCCAGGUUAUCGGUUUCCCUUAAAAACCAGAUAUGAAAUAUGAAGUGUGUAACAGGCAGCACAUAUCUAUCGUCAAAAAUCCUGCAGAAUUUGUAGAACUUAUUAUGACUGGGACCUGAUGACUAUUUACGAGAUACGCGAACAUAUACCUCGCGAUGCCCUUUCCUUCAAAUUGUCGCUUCAUUUCCUAAACUUUGUUUAGUUUUCCUGGAACUUUUUACCUUUUAUGUUAAAACACUCUGCUGACUAUCUUUCCUUCUCUUUUCUGCCGAAGUCUAUAAAACGAUAUUUUUCCGUAUCAUUGAAAGAACGCUCCAUAACCCGAUUGACGAACCAUGGUGAAUGAUAGACAAAAUUUCUGAUUGAAACACCAAAAAGCCGAUUUUUCAUACACUUCUUAAUCUUCUAUGUGAACGGAACCUUGCAGUUACAUGUAAGAACAUUGUAGCGCGCUGACGGAUGAUGACACCAUAAAACAAUAUCAAUUCCCUAGUUCAUUUUCGCGGAAAGGACCGCUCACAUGUUAGUUCACGAACUACGAUCGCCUGCGAUACGAGUUACUUUACUCGAAAUAAUUUUUCUUACAAUAAGUUGAACGAUAUAUUUUCCCUGGUGCUCCUUCAACGGGAGCGAUCUUCACGUUUUUUCUUAACGACGAAACUCUCUCCUUCGUGUUACGUGCCGAUACUUUUCGCACUGUUAUUCUCGCGUCGUUAAGCCCGGUGCAAACGAGCGACUUUUAUCGUUGCGAUAUCGCUGCGAUCGUAUAUCUGUCUGAGUUGUUUUUGACUGAGAAAACAAAGAAAGACAUGUGAUUACAGCGAGAUCGCAACGAUAAAAGUCGCUCGUCUGCAUCGAACCUUGUCGUAUUUUCCCCCUAUAAUAAUUUUAAUGGUAAGUAGAGAAAGGUACUUGUUUAAAAAUAAAAUAAUAAUUGACAAGUGAUAAAUGGCAAAUGACUUGCAAAACAAUCAACGACCAUUUGCAUUUGUAUUUUUUAUGACAACGUCAGAAGCUUUCGGUCGUUAUAAUUGCACAUAAAGAAAAAAUAACACCUUAAAUAUAUAUAUUAAUUUUUGGUGAUAUUCCGUAACACGACGACUCGAGAGAGUUCAUCGAACGAUCUAGUCGAGCGUUUCCUUUUUCAGCUUUUAUCCUUGUCUAACGACUCUUUUUCGAUUGAUGUAUGUUCGUACUUUUUACGCACGAUGUAAACACACCUCUUUACGCAACAACCUUUUUCAUGCGUGUGAUCUAUUUGAGAGAAAAAAGAUACAAAAAAAAGAAAAAAAGAAUAAAAAAAAUGCGAAUGCAAAACCGUCAUACGUUUCUCAGAGUUUUGAGACAUAUACUAAUGUACUUAAACCAUCUGUGAGUCUGCCUCGUCUUUUAUAAAGUUCUUGCUAUAUUCAA